GCGAGAAAAAUGGAGAAGAGGGAGAGCACUUUAUUACCUUUUUUAUGAUGCACGCAUCCAUGGCACCACAGAGAAGGGUACAGAGUACUGCUAUGACACAGGGGUAGAAGAAGAAGAACGACAAAAAGAGAAAAAAAAAAGAGAGGUGAAACUACAAAGUAAGGAGCAAACAACAACUGGAAACAUCAACAUCAGCAAUAAGGCCAUAAGCUCAAGCCAGAAAGAGGUAUAAUAGUAAAAAAGUUGUAAAACAACUGGUUUUUGCAGAGUGGGAGGAGAGAGAUGGAACUGAAAAAAUGGAGUUGUUGCAAGAUUAAGGGAGAUUAGUGAAAGAUGGAGCUUAAGAGAAAGAGAAAGAACCGAAUGAAGACAGCAAAAGGAGCUAUUUUGGUGAAAUGGGUGUUUUUUCAUUGAAGUUGGGAGAUUGAUUUCAUGUCAUGUGAAGAGAGAUGGGAUCAUCCGCUUGCUUUGUAGGGAAAAAUCUUGUCUUUCUGUAUCUCUGAUCCUCCAAAAAAACAGCUUGAUUGUCCUUUCGUUUUUAUACAAUACAAAUGCACUUUCAGAUACAGGCUAAAGGGGCGGUAGAACUCGCGGGUUUUGCUUCGAUUUGUCAACAAGACAAGUGGAUAAAGCAGCUGGAAGCUAAUAGCUUUGGCUUUGCGAACAGCUUCUACUACAACAACGAACAAGAACCGACUUCUGUUCUUCAUAUGAGAAGAAGCCAAAGCCCACCCACAUCGGCAUCCACUAUCUCUUCUUCUUUCAACGGCGGAGCCGCCGGUGCGGGCGGUGGAGGUAAUUCCACCGACAACACAACCACCACGGCGGCCACCAUAGCACCACCAGAGACUCCACUUCCAAACAACAACAAAGAAGAAUGGGCCACGGACCUUCAACCGAUCCCGAGUGAACUAGACCUUGUUCCAGGGCCUGGAGGUGCUCAAAGAUGCAAUCUCGGAUUGGAAGAUUGGGACACUAUGCUGUCUGAAUCAGCGGUGUCACCGAGUCAAGACCACUCGCUUCUGCGCUGGAUCGCUGGUGACGCCGAUGACCAGUCUUUUGGUCUCAAACAGUUGCUUCAGAGUGGGAGUACUGGUCCUAAUCAGGGUCUUGAUUUUGAAGGCAAUGCAGGGUUGGGGAUUGUUGAUCAAGGUCCAGGGUUUGACCUAAUUGGUAGCCUUGUUAGUUCUGUUUCUUGUAAUGUGAGUGCUGCUUCAAAUUUGGGUGGUUUUCCUGGUUCUGGGUUUGUGCCAAAUGCCUACAAUAAUGGGAAUGGAAAUAUUGGCUCAGUCAUGCCCAGUUGUUCUUCAGUUGGGUUGGUUAACAAUCACAAGGUUCUUGGUGCUACUGUUGGGUUGAAUACUAACAUUCAAAAUCCAAUGUUCACUUCUCCAACUGACAAUAUUGAUCCUCCUGUUUCUUUGCCUAUGCUUUAUCAGCAGCAGCAAGGUCAAUAUCUUGGAAGCCAAGAAGAGAAACCUCAGAUUCUGAACCAACAAGUUUUGAUGGGUCAGCAACAGCAUCCCCAAAGCCCAAACUUUUUCUUGCCAUUACCUCAAGAACAGCACCUUCUUCAGCCUUUACCAAAGCGCCUUAAUCCUGGUAACUUAGAACUUUCUUCUCAGAUCCCAAAACUACCAUUUUCUGAUGCCGGGCAUGAGCUGUUUAUGAGAAAGCAGCAGCAAGAGGAUAUGGGGUUUCCUCAGGGAGUCCAGAUUGUUUCUCAACAGAAGCCGCUGAUGGUGGCAAAACAGAAAGUGUUGGGUCCAGGAGAGGAGAUGCUUCAACAACAGGAACAACACCAGUACCAGUUACACCAGCAACAGGAAGCCACAUUGUUCGACCUGCUUUACAAGGCUGCAGAGUUGGUUGGGACUGGGAAUUUUUCACACGCGCAAGGGAUAUUGGCGCGGCUCAAUCACCAGCUGUCCCCAGUAGGUAAGCCCCUUCAAAGGGCUGCUUUCUACUUCAAGGAGGCUUUGCAAUUCAUUCUCCUCAUGAAUAACCCAGUCUCUUCCCCACCUCCGAGGAGCCCCACCCCCUUUGACGUUAUUUUCAAAAUGGGGGCUUACAAGGUCUUCUCUGAAGUCUCUCCGCUUAUCCAAUUCGUAAAUUUUACCUGCAACCAGGCCCUCCUUGAAGCUCUUGGUGAUGCUGAUCGGAUUCACAUUGUGGACUUUGAUAUUGGAUUUGGUGCUCAAUGGGCUUCCUUUAUGCAGGAGCUUCCCAUGAGGAGUAGAGGAGCUCCUUCUUUGAGAAUUACUGCAUUUGCCUCACCUUCAAUGCAUCAUCCUAUUGAGCUUGGGCUUAUGCGUGAAAAUCUAAUGCAAUUUGCUAAUGAGGUUGGUAUAAGUUUUGAGCUUGAGGUGCUUAAUUUUAAUUCUUUAGAUCAAACCCCUUAUUCUCUGCCUAUGUUUCGAUCAAAUGAAAAUGAGGCAAUUGCGGUGAAUUUCCCCGUUUGGUCUUCUUCGAAUCAGCCCUCUGCUUUGCCCAAUCUUCUGCGCUUUGUAAAGCAGCUUUCGCCAAAAAUUGUGGUAUCUUUAGACCGAGGGUGUGAUAGAAAUGAUCUGCCAUUCCCGCAACAUAUAGUCCAUGCCUUUCAGUCAUAUAUAAACCUAUUAGAAUCACUUGAUGCCGCUAAUGUGACUUCUGAUGCUGUGAACAAGAUUGAGAGGUUCCUUCUUGUGCCAAGAAUUGAAAGCACUGUGUUCGGGCGUCUGCAUGCACCUGAGAAAAUGCCUCUUUGGAAGACACUUUUUUCCGCAACUGGUUUCUCCCCGGUAACGUUCAGUAACUUCACCGAAACUCAGGCAGAAUGUGUGGUAAAGAGGGCUCAAGUGAGGGGAUUUCAUGUUGAGAAGCGCCUGGCUUCACUUGUGCUUUGCUGGCAGCGUAGGGAUCUUAUCUCAACUUCAGCUUGGAGGUGCUGAAGAGCAUCAUCAGACAGGCAGGGGAGGUUGGUUUUUCAGUAACUCACAAUCUAUCAACUCUAUCCUGAAGUAUGAAUUAAGUCGAUAAUUACUGAACUUAGCUGCUUUUAUGACUUAAUACUUGUGAAUUGUCCUGCUUGUGGGUAUCCUCUGUUUGUUUAUCUAGUAUAGACACUAUUCCAGUACAAGAAAACAUAUGACUGGAAAAGUCUAGUAGGGGCUUUUUGUAUGGACAUAAUGAAAUCACUGCUAUGGUAUUCUGGUGUCUUUUUUUUCUAUUUUUGUUGGUGAGAAGCUGUAUUUUGUUCUGCUUAAGGUGGUGAUGAUUUGUUGAAUAUUUGACAACAAAUGAGAGCUAAAAUUGCAAAUACAACUUUCCAGAAUUUAGUUCUGUGUUUCAGGGGUGCUGUUGAUAAGUUCUCAAACUGUAUGUUAGAUUGAUAUUGGAAUCCUAAUUCCAACAUUCCUAUUAUGGUGGAUAAAAUGCAUAUUUUAACAUGAGACUUGUAUGCUUCUUUGUGUGGUUGGAACGAGUGCCCAGCUUAGAACUUGUUCAUCUUGUGCCUAAUUACAGUUGAGUUUUCUGUUGAUAAGGUUGAAAUUUAGUUGAAAAGUUGAUAAGCUGUAAGAAGUUCUAAAGCAAGCAAGGAAUCAGUAAAAAAUCUGUCCAAGGUCGGUUGGCCUUGGCGUUUAACUACCCUGAUAAUAUACCUUACCAUCUUAGUGUUUAAAUAUUUAUGAAAAGAAAAUUUCUUGUGGGGACAUAGUGAUUCCUUGAUUAAGCAAUACUUAUGUGAAAAUCUUUCCUGUGUUUCACCAGCAACAGGCUGCCUGUUCUAAACUUUUAGGUGCUUAAGUAGAUGUUCUUAAUCAUAUCUGUACCA